AUAACUAACAUCUUUUUCUGCUUCGUUUAUUUAAGCAAUUUGUUUUUGAACAACUAAGAAGAAAAGGAUAAUUUGAUAAAUGUCUGGUAAAGGUAAAGUACAUGGAGGAAAAGGUAAAUCCUCUGAGGCCGCUAAGAAUACCACUUCCCAUUCCGCCAGAGCUGGUUUGCAAUUCCCAGUGGGUAGAGUCAAGAGAUAUUUGAAGAGAACCGCCCAAAACAAAAUUAGAGUAGGAUCCAAGUCUGCUAUCUACUUAACUGCUGUCUUGGAAUAUUUAACUGCCGAAGUCUUGGAGUUGGCUGGUAAUGCUGCUAAAGAUUUGAAGGUUAAGAGAAUCACCCCUAGACACUUACAAUUGGCCAUCAGAGGAGAUGAAGAAUUAGACAACUUGAUCAAGGCCACAAUUGCUUUCGGUGGUGUUUUGCCACAUAUCAACAAGGCCUUGUUAUUGAAGGUUGAAAAGAAGCAAAAGAAAUGAUUGGCUAAUUUGUAACACUAGUGUAGAAUAAUAUAUAUGUUGUUUUGACUCCCUAAACGAAUCUUGAAGUACUCCUUUGUU